UAAAAUCGUUUUUGUUUAAUUUCGGUUUAAUGAUCCAGAGAAAAGGAACUCAAUCGAUAAGUUAUGGUCUAUCAAAAAUUUAUUUAUUCUUACAACCAAUUAAACCAAAAUCCACGUUUCAAUUUGGCCAUACUUGUCGCGAUUAUUCUAAUAAUGCUCAAAGUGACUUAACAUCACUCCGUAGAGCGAUUGGCCGUGGCAAUAUUAAUCAUGCAAGGUUUGCUUACGAGAACAUGUUGAAGCAAUCACAACAAAAAAUGGAUCGUGAUGUUGUUCGAAAAUUACUUUUGCUGGCACGCCAUGGCAAGCACAGCCAAGACAUUGAAUUUAUACAAAGUGUAAUAAGAGAUAUGAAAGGUCCACUACAGAUCUUGCCUCAGCAUUUCGAAUACCAUGCCCUUAUUUUUGCUUAUGGCUUACAACAAGAACCCAACAAAGCAUACAAUGUACUCAAUCUGAUGAGGUCUGACGGCCUUGAGCCUAAUAUUUAUACAUACAACACAUUGUUAGCAUGCUACAAACGCGGCAAUAAUUUGGACAAGGCUGAAUCGCUAUUGGAUGAAAUGAAGUUUAAGAAGAUCGAACCUGAUACAGUGACAUACAAUACAAUUUUACACCUGAUGUUACGAAUGGAUAAAUUCGACCGGUUAUUUGAUUUGUAUGAACGAAUGGAUACUGAUACAAAUAUGGCAAAACCGGAUAUGUACACUUAUUCGACUGUGCUUGAUGCAGCCGCCAAGUCUGGCAAUCAAGAGAUAGGAAAUCCGAUUUGUGACAAACUCCUGGAUACAAAUAAACGCAAGGAUAUCGAUCUGAACAUAAUGAAUAAUAUAUUAAGAUUUAAAGCAAAUACAGCAAUGCACCAAGUUUUAGAAUUAUACUACAGCUUCGCAGACCAAUUUCCACAUAUUCGGGCUGACAGAGUGACUUAUAAUAUUUUAUUAGACGCAUGUCUAAAGAAUGGGAACCCAGCCAAAGCUUACAUGAUAUAUGGCGAUAUGAAGAGGGCAGCACUAAAACCGGACGUUAUAACAUAUGGUACAUUAAUUGAUGCUGAAUCUAAAGUGGGGAAUUUGAAGGAUGCUCUACAGUUAUUCCAGGACAUGUGUCAUGAAUCGAUAGAGCCCAAUGAUCGUAUUAUGACUAGUUUAGUGAAUAUUGCAGCGUCAAAAACAGCAACAUUGAAAGACUUAGAUACUCUUGUUGGACUUAUGAAGCAAUUUAGACGGUCGUUAAACCUCGAUACCAGGGCUUAUAACUCUCUCAUGUAUGGAUUGGCACUACACGGCAGAUCAAAACAGGUGCAGCAUAUAUACGACGAUGUAUUUCGGGAUUCCUCUUGUCAACCUGACGUAGCCACUUUUACCAACCUUGUCUUAGCUUACAUCAAUGAUGAUUAUUUAGACGACGCUAUGGAAAUUUAUUAUACUCUUCGCGAACAUCAUAAAAAAUGUCGAGAUGAAAAAACCAAAGUUAAGAUACCAAUUCGCUUAGACACAACGUUUUAUUCGACUUUGAUUGCAUCUUUAUCUCGCAAUAUUGAUAACACAAAGCAGCAAUAUACCACCGAUGAUGAAUAUGACUCGUCGCCGCGAUUAGUCACUGCAAUGGCAAUUUUCAAUGAUAUGAGACCACUCCAAAUUCAACCGACCAAGCAUACUUAUACGGCUAUGCUGCAUGCGUGUGGACAAUAUCGCGACCGUUAUGUCUUGAAUCAAAUUUACCAACAGAUCAAAGUUGAUUUAUACCUUGAUCCAGAUAUUGGUAUUUACAAUUCCCUGAUGGACGCGUAUAGCAGAACGGAAGACGGUGAUACUGUACUUGAAAUUUGGCAAACGAUAUCAAAACCAGCCUCAACAUCAUACGUGAUACCGGACCAAAUAUCGGUUUCUAUUGUUUUUGACAGCUGUGGGCAUAACGGCUUGUCAGCCAGAGCUCCAUUAAUUUGGGCAUGGUUAAAGAGGACUGGGUUUCGAUUAAAUACCAACAAUUAUAAUUCUUACAUCGAAUGUCUAUGUCGAGAAAGAGGACGAUCAGGCUGGGAUAUGGCCCACCAGCUGAUAAAUCAAGAAAUGUCGAUUCCUCAAAAACCAUUGCAUGGUAAACCAGUCAUGGAUGAAAAAACUGUAAAUACAUUAAUUAGUUUUGCCAAAAAGAAGGGUUUUGGCUAUAAUGAAAUAGAAGCACUUGAGGAAUGGAAGUUGAAGUUACGGUUGUAAAUUUGCAUAUGAAAUCUCGUACUUGAAGACGUAUAUGCGAGAUGGUAUUUAUGUGUUAUAAAGUAUUACCCUCAUUACAAUACAAAAAAUAAAAGCCAUUUUUGUAUGUAUCCAAGCCUUCUUUUUUCUUAUGUAAUAAUCCAAAUUCGAAAAUAAAUCCGG